AAUUUGUACGGAGCCUGUCCAAACUCACCACGGCUUAUGCGGUCUAGGGAGGCGGAGCUUCCAGAGCAGCCUUCAAAGUAACCAAGGAGGACGCAGCCCGCGAAUUUGGACACAGCUAAAAGUGACAAUUUCGUAAACUUGGGGAGCAGUCCCAAAUAAUGGCAAACCUAUAAUUGGUAAAGAGGGGGACAUGAUGUCAUGGCGGCAGCUGGAGCUUCACCCCAGGAUCAUCAGCGCCCUCCACAAAGCUGGCGUCCGAUCCGUCAGAGACGCGCUGUGCAUGUCAGGUCCAGACCUGCAGAGACUCACCUCCCUGUCGGCCUCAGAUGUCCGGCGGCUACUAACAGCCGCCGCUCUGCUCUGCAGGCCCCGCCGCCCGCUACCAGUUCUCGUGGCGGACGAGUCCGGGCACAGACUGAGCCUGGGCUGUCCCGUGUUGGACGGGCUGCUGAGAGGCGGGCUUCCCGUAGGGGCCAUCACUGAGCUAUCUGGACAGAGUGGCGUCGGGAAGACCCAGCUGGCUCUGCAGCUCUGUCUCUCAGUGCAGUACCCGGUCUGUCAUGGCGGGCUGGACUCGGGAGCUGUGUUUGUGUGCACAGAAGACGUUUUCCCCAGCAGACGUCUGCAGCAGCUGAUCGGAGAACAACCGCAUCUUCGCACUGACGUCCCCCCGGACGUGACCAGCAGCCUUCGCUUCGGCGAUCGAGUUUACAUCGAGCAUGCUGCCGAUCUGGCGUCGCUGCAAUCGUGCCUGAAGCGUCGCGUCCGGCUUCUGCUGGCUCGCCGCCUGGUCCGCUUUGUGGCCGUGGAUUCGGUGGCGUCUCUCUUCAGGUCCGAGUUCGGGCUCGCCAAUUGGCCGGAGAGAAACAAACAGCUGCUGAUGCUCUCAUCCACGCUGCGCCACCUUUGCCACCAGUUUGAUUCUGCUGUGCUCUGCAUCAACCAGGUGACCGACAUCUUCAACAACUCAGAAGAAUUUAUGGGUCCUUCUUCCUCGAGCGUGUGCCCGGCGUUGGGCUUGGCGUGGGCCAACCAGGUGAUGGUUCGAUUGAUGAUGCGGCGUCUUCAGGGCACGGUGACCAAGGGCGAGCAGGGCAGCGCCCUCCGCAGGUUGGAUGUGGUGUUCGCACCUCACCUGGCCAGAGCCGGGCGGGACGCCGCUGUGUGGAGGGAGGGCGUCCGAGGACUGGAGGCCGCCGACGAGACGCCCAGCUGAUGUUUGCCACCUUUAUAGAUCACAACUACAAUUGAGCUGUACUUUUAU